AAGCUGAGGGCCGUGCUAACAAACCCUGGAGAAAGUUUUAUCCGAGAAAACAGCGGCAGCGGCAGCAGCGCGGUAGCCCACCGGCAGCUUUCUUUUAUGGAGGAGCCACAGAACUGGAUGACCCGCCGCUGUCUGGACGUCUGAAAGCCGGCCGCCAUGUCCCAGCUGCUCCACGUGGAGAUCCCCAACUUCGGCAGCACAGUGCUGGGCUCGCUGAAUGAACAACGCCUGCUGGGCCAGUACUGUGACGUGUCCAUCCUGGUCAAGGGGCAGGCCUUUAAGGCCCACCGGGCGGUGCUGGCCGCUAGCAGCCUUUACUUCCGCGACCUUUUCAGCGCUAGCACCAAAGCCCAGUUUGAGUUGCCUUCAUCGGUUACUCCGGCCUGCUUCCAGCAGAUUCUCUCUUUCUGCUACACUGGGAAACUGACUAUGGCUGCUAGCGAACAGUUGGUGGUCAUGUAUACGGCUGGAUACUUGCAGAUCCAGCACAUUGUGGAAAGAGGAAUGGACCUCAUGUUUAAGGCUAAUUCGCCACAUUGCGAUUCAGCUACGGCUACCAUAGACGAACCAGGCUCCGAGCCACAGAGUCCCAGUAAUAAUCCCAACAGUAACCCCAGUAAUAAUCCGUUAUCCAUGCUUGGGCCUCCAGGCUGGUCACCUUCUCUAGUGGCCCCAGCCAGGAGGAUCAAACUAGAGGGCAGCGAAAUACCGCUGAACCUGCAGGGAGGUGCUAAAAGGAGCUCCCGAGAAGGAGUGACUCGAAGCGGCUCUCUUUUCUAUGCCGGAGGGGUGGGGUUUUACCCACCAGCCGUCCAGACGCAUCCUGUAACCCCUGGCGAACGCUCCAGCCCCGGGGAGUCCAGCCUGCCAACCACGGACAGCCCCACAUCAUACCAGAACGAGGACGAAGAGUUUGAAGAAGAGCCCUAUGACGGCAUCACGGAGGAGGCCUUCAGCCAAAUCUACGGCCGCACUGCUAACCCUUACGGAACGACAGAUAAGCCGGAGAUGGCGGCCGUUCCACUGCCACAGGAGAGCCGCCCCUGCGUCCUGCUGCGGCGAGACCUGGUGGCUCUCCCGGCAAGUUUAAUCAGCCAGAUCGGCUACCGCUGCCACCCCAAACUGUACACAGAGGGAGACCCCGGAGAGAAGCUGGAGCUGGUGGCAGGUACAGGGGUGUUCAUGACCAGAGGACAGCUGAUGAACUGCCAUUUGUGUGCUGGCAUUAAACACAAGGUGCUACUGAGGAGACUGCUCGCAACCUUCUUCGACAGGAACACUCUGGCUAACAGCUGUGGAACUGGCAUCCGCUCCUCAACCAGUGACCCCAGCCGGAAACCUCUAGAUAGCCGAGUGCUAAACGCUGUCAAACUUUACUGUCAAAAUUUCGCUCCCAACUUCAAGGAGAGCGAAAUGAACGUAAUUGCUGCCGACAUGUGCACUAAUGCACGACGCGUGCGGAAGCGCUGGCUACCCAAGAUCAAAUCCAUGCUGCCUGAUGGGAUGGAAGUGUACCGGGGGGCUGCGAAUUUAGGCCUGGGGUCAGGCCUGGCAGGCGUUCCGCUGACCUUUGAUCCUGAAUUUAAGCCUUUGACUCCGUCGGGUCUGGUUUUGGACCAGCGGCUGUUUGGAGAGCGGAAGGAUCCAGAAAGAACGCUGCAGCUGGAUAGGGACAGCCCAGAGCACCAGGAGGGUCCUGAGCCCGAGCUUUCGGGGGUCCGGGGCCAGGAGGGACCCGAGGAUGAGGAAGAGGAGGACGGAGUGUCCGCUGAAGGUGUGGAAGGGACGUUGGAGGCCACUCCAUUAAUCCUGGGCGCUGAUGGGGCAGUCCGUGGCCCACGGAUCCUCGAGGGACAGCAGGAGGAGGAAUUUGUUGAAAGUCUGAGGAUAAACGGGCAGUGAAGUCCAAGCAACUCACCUGCACUUGUCUCUAUAGUGCUGCUCUUCUUGAAUAAACAAGCCACACUCGCAGUACAUGAUGCCACCACGCUAACAUAAUUGGCCCCAGGACUGACCCAAGAGAUACACCUUUUCCUCUAUUUUAGUAUUUUCUUUGCUUUAAAGCCCUGUUUUAAAGUCUGGAUUAGUUUCAUUUGAAAGGGUACUAUACUUUAUAUGAUUAACAACAAAACUUGUGAUUUUUGUCCAGUAUGUGUAAUUUGACACUAAUUUACGUUAUGGUGGAGCAAAGCAUUUUUCAUAUUUUAUUGAUUUCUAUGGACACAGGCGUCAGUACAGCAGAGAAGAUGCAGACAGCAAAAAAAUUGAGUAUUUUCUUUUUUGUCACAUUUUGCCAGCUUGAGGCCAAUCAGAAAGAUAAGGUUUAUUGCAGGGCACUUUGUCGAGAUGAUUUUGAAGCUGCAGUGGAGAAAACUAUUUAGUCCGGUCUUCAAUGAGCUUUCAGCUAGAAAUUAUUACAUUAAUUGAUAAUGAAUUUUUCAUUACACCUGCAGUUUAUCAGGCCUUGGAACUAAUCCAGCUCCUAUAGGGCUUAACACACCCACUUCAACUUAGCAAGGGCAUGUUAAUUAGCUAAUUAGUUGAAUCAGGUGUGUUAGAGCAAGGAAAAUGCUGAAAACACACCAAAACAUAACAGGGCAGGGGUGCACCAGGACCAGAGCUGGGAUCUACUGCACUAACACGUUCAGCAGUGUGUGUUGGGUAAUGCAGGAUGAGUUUGAUAGAUAAACAAACACAGGCAUUGUUCUAUUCCAUUGAGAAAACAGAGAUUCGCAGUUGUGCACACUUUUCUAAACCAUUUUAUUCAAUAAGGAACUCAUAACUAUACAUAUCUCUCCUGUCAAAACAAAACCUUAUGUCUCCAAAAUGGUAACUUUACAGGAGAAGGAAAACACAUACUUUACUUUUGAUGUAAGUCAAUGGAACCACAAUUUUUUCCAAGUCAUUUUAGGCCGUUUCUUUUUUUCUCAUUUAUUAUGACUUAAGUACACAAUGAAAAGGGCAAUAGGCAUUAUAUCAAGAACUGAGAAAUGGCAAAAAUUGGGAUAAGAGGAUUUGUCCCGACAGCAGAGAUAGUGUAUACAUACAUACAUACAUACAUACAUAUAUAUACAUACACAUUUGUGGUUCACAGCACACAGUAUAACAGCACUGCGAUAUCGGUAUUGCUACAGCAAAUGUCGCAAUAACAAUUAACAAACAAUAUAUUGUGUCACCUCAAUGCAGCAAAUCUUGCACAUUUUUGCAAGUUACUGUAGAACACAAGGCAGUUUGCAGUUCUUAUCUCUUUUCUGUGGCCUGAUGUUGGAUACAGUGGAAAGAGUGACCUUCAUUUGGAGACGUUAGGCAAGAUAUUACAACACACUGAAUAUGCUGUACUUUGUAGGAUUACCUUGACACAGUCACAGAACAGAAGGAAAAUUAUACAUUUACUCACCAUUUACUGGGAAGAUGUUACAUUUUUUAAUUUACUCAUCCUCCCUUUUACGUUGUAAGUUCUGUAUUUAACAUGCAAACUAGUACCCACACUGAAACUGUCAGGUUUAGAUUGUUUGGAUUAAGUGUAACUUGCAGUACCUCACAGAAUGCCUGUGCUUGUUUAGAUAACAGACUCUCACAGUACCACCCUGACUUCCAUUUGAACCCACUGAUACAUACAUAAGCAAGCAUUUGACAACAUUUCCCAUAAGCAAACGUCUUUCAGAGAGUGGAGUACGUACGUGCUGAAACAUUUUAAUGCACUAACACAAAAACGCUUGCAUGCAAAAUACAGUCCCCACGGCCACACUGUAAUCCGCAUCCCCAAAAAGCGCUACCGUUUCCCUGAAGAUCUAUUGUUUAUCGUCCAAGGAGAGACACUUUUUCAUUUUUUUUUCUUUCCUCCGAAACCUACAUGGCCUGAUUUUCUGCUGAGUUUGGCUGCAGUUGAAGAAAUAAAAAAGUAAACCUGCCAAGAGCAACACGCAGGGGAACUAUCUUUCAGUGUGAGCGACAGAAGAAAGAUCCAUGCAUUUUUGGUUAUGGUUCUCUACUGUAAAUUAUUUAAUGAAACUAAACUAGUAUAUAUAUAUUUUUUUUUUUUUUUUUGCUGGCUUUAUUGCAUUUGCACUUGAAGAGGUGAUGGAGGGUGAUGGAGAGAGCCCAGUUUUCAUUUUAUUUUUUUGUUUUUUUUUAAAUAAAACUCAAUCUCUCCCCCUUUUCUCCCUCCUUUUGCUGGAUAUUGGAGUUGAAUUUGAACAGAUUUGGACCCACCGGCGUCACGUUAGCAAGGGCUGCUCUACAGAAGCUGUACAGAUGAGAAAUUGCACAGCAACACUACGAGCUUUGACACCAAUCGCUUCGUGUUUUUUUUUUGGCUGAUUUGCCACCAUUCUUUGUUGUUGUUGUCGUUCGACAUCACCCAGAGCAAAUGCAGUGCGCUCCCUCUUUCCUCAGCAUAUUUUACUCACCAGUGUACAGUAUGAUACUCUUAUUUCCUCUAUACACUGCUACACUGCUACAAGACUGUCGUGGACACUGACUUAUGUGGCAAAAUUAAGAGGUUAUGUAUUUCCUACCUGCAUAUAAGUUUGCUGCAGUUUGCAAGGACAUAUUAGAACAAAAAUUAGCAUCAUUAACUACACACUGUCAGAAAUAAGGAACGGGGAGGGCAAUGCAUUCGAAUCCCAUCUAAAAUACUGUGUUUUCCUGGAUGUCAGAAUCUUCAGGUUUGUUAAAAUCGUGUCAUUUUUCACUUUUUCUCAGCUCGUUUUCUGAUUUGCCUUUAAAAAUACUCAUCUAAGUUUCCGCCCUUACUCAGAAUGUGUUUCAAAUGAAAGAACUAAGAGAAUUUUAGCUUAGCAGUGUAGCUGUAGGACACUAGAGGUGGUGUUUUAUGAUGAAUAACGUGUUGGCUGUGAAUUUGCCACUUGCUUCACUAGCGCUGUGAAACCUUUCUCUUUUCAAACCUCAUGAAAUGCUUUUUAUAACUAAUAGAGUCCUUGAUAAUGCUUAAUAUUUCAAAAGCAGAGCCUAUAAUUCACUAUGUUCACACUGGGGUUACUGUACCAGACGACUCCAGCUGUUACGACUGCUGAUACAGCUUCAUUACUCUGCCAGCGUGCUAGUUAGCAAGCUACAGCUUACUUGGCUAACAACAGCAAAAAAAUAAAUGUGACACGAGCGGCUCUAUAGCAAAGCUCAAAGCCAGACAAAGUACGUUUCACAGAUCCAGUGUAUGUCACAAACUUCAAAACACAUUAUGCUUGACGAAACAAAGUAUGCCUGGCUAGCAGAUUAGCUCAAAGUUAGCAAGUGCUCGUCAACAAAAGUACUAGAAGGAGGUUUUGUUCAUCGUGGUGAUAUGUCUCAUCAUAGCAUACCACCUUGAGUGUUCUGUUGCUUUUAGUCACCCGUUUUACAAAGCAAAGAAGACAAAAAAAGAAAGAUGUUGCUUUAAAUAUUAGCAGCUUCCUCCAAAAAGUAUUUCCAGAAGGUUUUAGAGUAAAGCAGCCAUUGUUAGCAGCUGUUGUUCAGUGGAAUAACAAAGCCCGAGUAGAACCUUCUCGCGCGGUCAGAACUAGCUUCUAUAUAAAGGAACAUAUCAUUUUUGCAAUAGAGGUAAUAGAUAAUUUAGAUCUAGGGUCUCUUCAGAGAAGGGUUUUUAAACGUAGCUGAUAUAUUUUGUGUGCUAUUGGACUCAUCUAUUCAUGUGAGAGGCUUUAUGAUUGAAGCAGUGGGCCUUGAAUUGAGCUAGCGUUCAAGCUUAUUCGUGAGAGCUUGGUGUUUUUAGCAUUAGCAAUUUAGCGAGUGAAACGGAAGGGCUUGUGAACGUUAUGUUAGCAUGUGUUAGCAUGUGUUAGCAUGCUCUCCGCUUUAGCACUGAAGGGUAGGGCUGCACGAUAUGGUCGAAAAUUGCAUAUUGCGAUAUGCCUUGUAAUAUAAUUCGUACAAUCUGUUAAAGUUAGCAAGUGCUUGUCAACUAAAAGGAGGUUUUGUUCAUCGUGGUGGUUUGUCUCAUCAUAACAUACCACCUUGGUGCACCAUUCACGUGACAUGGCUUGCUUAAUUUUGACCGAAGUGAUUGUCAUUUGUUGGAUGUGGUGAAUCAACCAAUAUAAUAAUAAUGGCAGUGAUGCUAAGAAUGAUAACAAUCCACAUUAACUUUCAUCAGGAGAUGACCAAGGUGUUCACAGCGAGCGAUAAGCGUUUGUUUACUAAUAAUUUGAUUACUGAUAUUUUUACUUUUUUUAAAAUAAUAUAAUCCAUUUAGAAUUUUUCAGCGCUUUGAUAAUAUUACACAUAUUAGUGGAAUUUAUGCCAACAAAUUAAUAAUAAAAUAUAAUCAAUACAUCUUAAGCCCCGCCCCCAACCGCCCCUGUAAUCUGAUAGGCUGUUUCCAGAAGCUUAGUUUUAUCAUAAACAUGUUUUCCAUUAAUUAGAUGCUGACUUGAGACCGAAUUAAAGUCUUUGCACCCAUAUUUCAGGCCUUGGCGAUAAAGCGAUAUAUUGUGCAGUCCUACUAAAGGUCAAAUUAUGCAUUUUUCGAGCGGAUGUUUCUCUCUCAGAUCCUUCUUAUUCUUAUGGAGGGCCCAGAAUGCAGCUUCCUGUGCUAAUGAAUGCUGCUGUCAAACAAGGCCAUAGCUGACUCUCAAAACUCCCUUUAUUUCUGACUGUGAUUCAGCUUCACCAGACUAGACAUCUCCUCUUUAUCGCGCUUAUCUCCAGUCCAACAUUUUAUCGUUUCUUCCAGCUGCCGUGUCUUAAAGUCACUGCUGAGCUUCCUUAUCAUUCGCUGUUUAGUGAAAUGCGGUAAAGAGUAACACUGUGGAGUUCUGGCGAAUCGUGACUCAGUCGCAAUGAUGUCUAAUGAACAUUCUGUAUAUUUGAGGACAAGUCUAAGUGCCUUAAAAGGACUACUGAUGGGACUGGCUAACGGCUAACAGCACCUUCACUAUUCAGCUGCUGGAUAGCAUGAAGUACAUCGCAGGCCAAAAGCGUGGAAGCAAGGCAUUGAUUAAAGUUUCAGAAAUAUUUCAGUUUAUUGACCUGUUUAGGCUCGGCCCUGUUGCUAGGUUGGUCAAGCUUUAGAGCAAAAGUCCCAUUCCACCUUUAUGAAACUCACCGUUGAGUUUCCAGUUUGAAAUGCUAUGCCAACGAGCUGGUCUGUGUCGUGUGCAAAAGUUUGGGCAGUCAAAUUCCAUGUUUUAAUAAGUAUAAAUAAGUGAACACAUCGUCUACAGGGAACACACUUUGGCACAAUUAAAUGCACAAUUACUGUUUAUUUGCAAAAUUUCAAUUUAACAUAAUUGGGGAAGAAAAUUAAUACAAAAUGUGGCCUGUGCUAAACUUACAGCUCAUUUUAUAUUGUAUGUUUUCCUUUUAUCCCCAGUGCUUUUAAAGCAAAUAAAUAGAAAUUGUGCUGUAAAAACUGCUUAAAAAACUGUGUUCAGGGUGUGAUAUUUAUGAUGGCUCCCAGUUUAAGUGUUCUGCGUCUAAAUGGAGGAAUCAGGUGGAUCUGAUUUUGGGCACGUUCCAAUUUUAGUCAAGAGUGCUUUGCUGACUUCUAUGAUUAAGUCAUUAACAAUGUUAUUGCUGUGGUUUGUAUUUCUGUGCAUAUUUAGGAUGUAACUCAACUAGAACAAGUGAAUGAGCACAUUACUGUAGGAUAUCAACUGAGAAAAAUCUACAUUUUCAUUUUUACAAAAUUAGUGCUGUUUCAAAAGUUUUGGCCUGUAGAGUAAGUAGCUGAAUGUUUGAUCUACCUGAGCAAAUCUGAUGGAAUGUGUCAUAAUAAUAAUAAUAUUAAUAAGAAUAAUAAUAAUAAAUUGUACUUAUAAAGCACCUUACACAAUGAUGUGUGACAGACUUAAGAAACAAAUGGGCAACAGUCUUAUACGUUCGCCUACUGAAU